UUUAUCAAGAUUGCCAUUAUGCGUUAUUCACUUAUCUUUAUAUUUAUUCACACUGCGCUCGCUGCUCCUAAGACAAGGGGCACAAACCAAAAAAGUGAGGUUUUAAGGACCACAACACCUACAGACGGUAUUCUGGUUACGAAGGAUAUAAAUCCUAAUAAUACCAAUUCCAAUAUUACCAAACGAGGUUAUGUUACCAGUACUUGCAAUGAUAAGCAAGAAGCUAAAUUGAAAAAAGCUAUGAGACUAUGCAAAACCUUCGCCGAUGCAGCUUAUCGCGCCGUUUAUAAUAAUGAAGAGUUAAGGCGCAAAUAUUUUAAAACUGACAGCGCGGAAAAUAUCUAUGCUAUCGGCGACGUUUACAAGGAAAUCUCGAAAGCAUGCGAUUUAGAGAUAAACAAUAUCCCCUUUGGUUGUGAGGAAGAAAAAGGCCAUUGUGAAACCUCUAGCGCUUACACACGUUCUGACGAGGAUAAAGUUUAUUUAUGUCCUGAUUUUUUUACAUACCAUGAUAGCUCCAGAGCUCGAUCUCUUAUACACGAACUUUCGCAUCUGAAUUAC